UUUAGGCCUACGAUACGAGGCUAACUCAGUUGUAUAAGCUACCAAUUCUAGCCCUACAUUCUAGUGUUGCCUGGAUUUAAUUUUGUAAUGGUCUAAAAGUUUCUAGAACUACUGAUCAUCUUGCAACAAAUAAAAGUCAUAGGCUACACCACCAUGCAAUAGUUAGGCCUAUAUGACUAGUGCGGUAUGUUGUGGUAAGGAGAGUUAAUGUAGAGUCGUUACGUAUUAGUGUUACCAAAGCUGCAAAGCAGACAUAUUAUAAAGUUUAUGGGAACGGUAUUUUUUUUUUAAGUAGCCCAUGCAAUUAGCCUACAUUGAAGAUGCCAGGAAAUUGAGUAGCCUAUGCUAUUGCCCAACUGAUCGCAAAAACAGAGUUUCAAAGGUACAGCUAUCGUGACGUCACUCAUCCGCGGCAGAGUGAGAGAGCGGCGACGAUCGGCUGCGGAGGAUUCCGACCCCGCAGCGGGGACGGGACAACCGCCAGGCGAGAUGGCCCCUAUCCCUUUCUUCCUUGCAUCCCGCAUCGCAACGACCCCUUGGCACGCAUGAAGCCCCCGUUGAUGAAGCCAAAACCGGCCAAAGCAAGGCAGAAAAAGGCCACUGAGAGAGAGAAUGUACUGGCGCGUCGGGUUCGCCUGGACGCGCUCGUUUGUGGUUGAUCUUGGACGGAACCAGAGCUUCUCCUUCGGCUUGUGCGGCUCCAAUGAGCAGCUCUCGUUGUAUGGGUACAUCAUCGCCUACCCUCUGCAGGACUACGGCGGGAUCAUGCCGCUCCUUGGGUCGGACUCGUGGUGGCGGAAAACGCUCUAUCUGACCGGGGGCGCUCUGCUUGCCGCCGCUGCCUAUCUACUGCACGAGCUGCUCGCCAUCAGGAAAGAACAGGAGCUGAACUCUAAAGAUACCAUCAUCCUCCACCAGUUCUCCAGGCCAAAGAGUGGUGUCCCAUCUCUCUCCCCCUUCUGCCUCAAGAUGGAGACCUACCUGCGCAUGGUGGACCUGCCCUACCAGAACUACUUUGAUGGGAAGCUGUCUCCCCAGGGGAAGAUGCCAUGGAUAGAGUACAACCAGGAGCAGGUGUCUGGUACAGAGUUUAUCAUCGACUUCCUGGAGGAGAAGCUGGGCGUGAGCCUCAACAAGAACCUCAGUCCCCCGGAGAAGGCUGUGUCCCAGGCUGUCACCAAGAUGGUGGAGGAACACUUCUACUGGACCAUAGCGUACUGUCAGUGGGUGGACAACCUGGAGGAGACCCAGAAGAUGCUGGCAGUGAGUGGGCCACUGAGUGACCUACUCAAGUGGAUCCUGAGUCGCCUGACUGGCAGCAUUGUGAAGAGGGAGAUGUACGGCCACGGGAUUGGACGAUUCACCAAGGAGGAGGUCUACUCUCUAAUGGAGAAGGACAUGCGGACGCUGGCCACCCUACUCGGUGAUAAGAAGUACCUGAUGGGUCCUAAGCUGUCUAUGGUGGAUGCCACUGUGUUCAGCCAUCUAGCCCCUGCCAUGUGGACCCUGCCGGGCACAAGGCCUGAGCAACUCAUCAAAGGCGAGCUGAUCAACCUGGCCAUUUACUGUGAGAGGAUCCGCCGGCGCUUCUGGCCCGAGUGGUUUGUUGAUCUGGAGGAUUUCUGUUACGAUGACACCACAGAGGACGACGACUCCCCGUCCAAACUCCAGGACCUGGGGCUGUACUCCCGUACAGACACCUUCCAGGACGAGGCCAGCCCUCCUCACACGCACACACACACAAUCUCACCAGACAGUGACCUCACGGGCCACUCGCUCUACGACUCGGACAUGGACACAGAGGGCUCUGAGAUGGAGCAGCUCAAGUGUUGACUGCCGUAUGACACACACACGACACACACACCGCCUGUAGGGGUCUCAUUGCCCCCCCCCCCUCCCCACAACACAGCACCCUGUACCUGUUGAGCAGGGAAUAACUACUGAGGGGCAUUUCUGUUGCCAGAGGCUGUUGUUUGUGUUAAUGAGUGAUGGAUUCAGAGAUUCUACACACACAAUGGGCUGGAGGAAAUGAAAGACUGAAUAUAGAUAUAAAGGAAUAGAGAUAGAGGAGUAGAGAAAAAAAGGGAGUAAAAUAGGAAGAGAGAAAAACAGCCAAAGAGGGAUAGACAGAGGUAAAGAUAAACCGAUGGAGAAAAGAGUUGAGAAAAAGAAAGAUCAGGAGUUAAUGACGCCAUCGCUGAGAAACUCCUCUACCUGGGCGACAUCAACGCCUGUUGCCCAGUUUCGCAUUGUCGAGUUGUUGUUACCACGACAACAAGGUGGUGUGUGUUACCUGUGUCCCCCAAUUUGAGAUGCAUUGUGUGUUUGACGUACCAUGCGUGUUUGACGUACUGACCCCGUGACUUGCGUCCUUGCAAAAUAUGAAUCAUUCUAUUGAUAUUAUAUUGAUAUGUCAGACACUGUUCAGACAAGAUGCAGAUGAGUGCAGUUCAAUAUAAAUAUGUAAUCAGAUCCCAAAUCUGAUUUAGUAUGAGUAUACAUAGUGUAGAUAGCCUGCUAAUUACAUAUAUGAUCCCAAUGUCAUAUAAUGCAAAUAUGUGGUUCUCCCAUACAACAUCUCAGUGCUUGUUAAAUAUGACCAAACUACCUGGUGACCCCCAACUAACCCCUUUAUGCUGAUCUAGGAUACGUUUUAGAACUUCUAAUUCAUCCAUUUGUUCCCAGAAGACUGACACUUUUCAUCUGCAGUCAGGGCAUUAAGUAUUUCCUCAAUCCUUUAUAGAAUAGUCUGAUGUAAUGGGGGUAUUGGGGAUGGGGGUAUUGUAGAUUGUGGGGACAUCUCAAAAGUCUAAAGUGGCUUCCUUUCCUAGUCUCCUCUCUAUAAUCUGCAUAGAUCUGAAAACAUUGGAUAGGUGAAAGCAAUAUGGUGGAUGCCUACUUCAACGUUCUUCCACUUGUCCAAUUCUUUCAUAUCAGAUGAAGAAAAGAAGAGGAGGAGAGGAAACUACUGGAGAUCCUUAGUUGUGUGUACUUUUAGCCAUUGAGAGCGGAUGAAACAAUCAUGUAGAAAUAGACUAGAUAGACAUGGAGUUGCAUGGCUGAUAGGUGCCAAUGAAAAUCACACUUUAUCCUGCUGGUUAUCUGUUAUCUACGUUUCUACGCUGGCCUGUCUUAAUGUUUACUGUGAUGCAGUGUGUCUGUCCAUAUGUGUGUACCUCAGGCCAGAGAAAGAGCACAUGCAAUAGAUGAAAAGAACACUUAGGCUUUUGCUCAGCAUCUCAGUUUUCAUCACAUAUAGCUGGUGUGUCCACCCCCCUUUAAGAGUGAAUCUUAUCUAGAAAUAGAAGGAAGAGAAUGGUCAUUGUUGCUUUAAGCAUCAAUUCACUCUGUGCUAAGCAUGAAACCACUACUAUAACCCACAGUGUUGGUUGCUAGUCUUACUUAAUAGUAGGCUGUGUGGAACAGUGAAACAGUCUAUUCUAAUUAGUCUAUUUCUAGUGCAUGGCUGAUGUGUGUGUGAGUGUGUGUGUGUGUUUGUGUGGUGUGUGUGUGUGUGUGUGUGUGUGUGUGUGUGUGUGUGUGUGUGUGUGUGUGUGUGUGUGUGUGUGUGUGUGUGUGUGUGUGUGUGUGUGUGUGUGUGUGUGUGUGUGUGUUUGUGUGGUGUGUGUGUGUGUGUGUGUGUGUGUGUGUGUGAUGGGGCGUAGAGUCAUCGUACGUCAUGAGUUGAUUUCGAGGCCUACAACGUACAGGCAUUCAGGCUGGAUGAUCACAGCUGAGCAUGUACAUAUAUAGAUACAGAUACAUAUAUAGACACAGACACAGAUACAUAUAUAGAUACAGAUACAAACACAGAUGCAUAUAUAGAUACAGAUACAUAUAUAGACACAGAUACAUAUAUAGAUACAGAUACAUAUAUAGACACAGAUACAUAUAUAUAUAGAUACAGACACAGAUAAUAUAUAGAUACAGAUAAAGAUACACAUAGUUACGGACACAGAUACAGAUACAUAUAUAGACAAAGAUACAGACACAGACAUAGUUACAUAUAUAGUUACAGAUACAGACAGAGACACAGUUACAGAUACAGAUAUAAACACAGUUACAGAUACGAACACAGAUACAGAUUAAGAUACACAUAGUUACAGACACCAAGGUUGUGUCUUGGUAUAGACAGACACAGAUACAUAUAUAGACACAGAUAAAGAUACACAUAGUUGCGGACACAGAUACAUAUAUAGACAAAGACAUAGAUACAGAUAGUUACGGACACAGAUACAGAUAUAGACAAAGACAUAGAUACAGAUAGUUGCGGACACAGAUACAGAUAUAGACAAAGACACAGAUACAGAUAAAGAUAUAGACACAGAUACAGAUGCAGCCACAAACACAGAGACAGACACCGAUACAAAUAUAGACACAGAUACAGAUAGUGAUAGACACAAAUACAGAUACUGAUAGAUACAGAUACAUAUACAGCCACAGUUACAGAUAGAUACAGAUACAGUAACAAAGACAGAUACAGAUACAAAUAUAGCCACAGAUACUGAUAGACAGAGAUACUGAUAGACACAGAUACUGAUAGAUACAGAUACAUAUACAGCCACAGUUACAGAUAGAUACAGAUACAGUAACAAACACAGAUACAAAUAUAGACACAGAUACAGAUACUGAUAGACAGAGAUACUGAUAGACACAGAUACAUAUACAGCCACAGUUACAGAUACACAUGGCCACAUUAGAGGAUACAGAGGCAGGGCUCUCAUCUUGUCUAAUGGCAGCAGAGAAUAGUAGUGAAGUAGUGUGGCUAGAUUGUGUUCUCUAAGGAAGGAGGAGCGGUUAGUAAUGCAAAGAUGAUCAUACUGAUUGUAAUGGUAAUGAUGCUGAUGAUGAUUAAGAUCCUCUACAAACCUUAUUGCAACUUUAAUUUUCCUGCACAAUGAAAGUGCUCAGACCACAUGUCGCCACAUCUGAGUACAAAACAGUCAGCCUCUAUAUCAAAUCAAAUGAAUUUAAUUUAUAUAGCCCUUCUUACAUCAGCUGAUAUCUCAAAGUGCUGUACAGAAACCCAGCCUAAAACCCCAAACAGCAAGCAAUGCAGGUGUAGAAGUGUAGGGUUCCAUGGUGUGAAUUUACACAGUGAUACAUAAGCCUUUGUGUAUAGAUGAUGUAUACCAGUCUGUCACUGUCUGUGUCACUCCCUAUACCCUGUCUGCAUGUUUCCUGCCUUCACUUAUAAGAGCCAGGGGAGAGACACAGCCUUGGUGUUGACCGCUUAAGCCCGUGCCAGCAUAUUAUUUAUGUAUUUAUAUGUAGUCUACAUGAUUUAUUUUCUAUUUAUUUGUUUUCUAUUUGUUUUGUGUAUUUAUGGAUGGGAUGUUAUGAGGUUUUGUUUUUGCACUAAUGUAAUGUAGCUAUUUAUUUUCUAUUUAUUUGUUUUCUAUUUGUUUUGUGUAUUUAUGGAUGGGAUGUUAUGAGGUAUUGUUUUUGCACUAAUGUAAUGUAGCUAUUUAUUUUCAAUUUAUUUGUUUUCUAUUUGUUUUGUGUAUUUAUGGAUGGGAUGUUAUGAGGUAUUGUUUUUGCACUAAUGUAAUGUAGCUAUUUAUUUUCUUAUGUUUGUUUUCUAUUUGUUUUGUGUAUUUAUGGAUGGGAUGUUAUAAGGCAUUGUUUUUGCACUAAUGUAAUGUAGCUAUUUAUUUUCUUAUAUAUUUGUGUACAUGUGUUCUAAUGCUGCCAAUGAGGUUUUUCUUCAGAUUCUCUCCUAUUUGAACACGGUAACGAGUUGUAUGUCGCUGUACGUCUAUGUUGUGUGCAGUCCUCUUAUUCUACUGGAACUGGGUUGCCAUUGGUUUGUCAGAACUGUGUUGUAAUCUCAAUUUCAACCUGAAGCAAACCUCUCUUGGAAUCGGGACAUGUUCAAAUCAUGUUUGAUGAUUAUGAUUUGUUCCAGUAGACGUGUCAAAGCCCUACUACCAAUGGGCAUGCUUAUGAUGUCCCUUAUCUAGUACAAAUCUUUUCUCAAAACAAACCAAAAAACGAUUGUGUUAUCCUCAUCCUACCAUACCUCAUCGCUUAGCUUUGUGCCAAGUGGAACGUUAACGUUGACAGAGGCUUUCCAGGGUCCUCUUUAGGAUACUAAAUAGAAGUUGCCCAUAGUCACAUAUCUUGGAUUAGCUGUCCCUCCUCUAAUCUAUACCUUAACCAUGAGGGCCAUGCAAAACUGACCUUAGAUCAGUGUCUAUGGGCAACUUUGUCCUACUCCGUUACAGAUAGCAAAGGUCAGGGGUCAGAGUUCAGUCCUAUUGUGUCCCUUCCUUGUUGAGAUCUGUGCUAUUAGACUACUAGAGCCAUAUUACAUAGUCAGUCUGUGUUGUGUGUGCUGAAACAUGUGUGGACUCUCAUAGUGUAUACUGGAUAUAGGUGAGCAAAAAAAGAAAAUGUGUAUAUGAGCUAAAAGAAAAACUCUGUAACAUAAUAGAUAAGAACUUCCUAUGAAUGUAUUACCACUAGAAAUGAGUGGCUGUAUGAAAAAGAAUUACUCCUAAUAUUUCAUUAAAUAUAGCUGUGUUCAUUUUA